UUGAAUACACGUGAGAUUCGUAAGCGACAAGAGUUGGAGCAGUUACGACAUGAGAAAAUUCAAGCACUACUGAAACUGAAUCCAACUUUCAAGCCACCGGCCGAUUAUAGGCCACCAAUGAUUCGUCUUCAUGAUAAAGUGUGG